ACUCUUCCUUUUUUGGUUAUUGAAUCAAGAAUUGAUUUUUUUUUUGUGUGUAUGAAUGGAGUCAGAUAGCAUUGAAUGCAUAUCAUCUUUAGAUGGUAUAGAUGUGAAUGAGAUUGUACAUUCUCAGUUGUUUUCUUCUUCAAAGACACCCCACAAUAACAAUAAGAAUAAGAAUAACAAAAAUAAUAACAGUGUCCGUCCAGCAACGAGUGUCCAUGAGCUUCUUGAAUGCCCUGUUUGUACUAAUUCCAUGUAUCCUCCAAUCCAUCAGUGUCACAAUGGGCACACCAUCUGCUCAACAUGUAAAGAAAGGGUGCACAAUCGAUGUCCGACGUGUAGACAGGAGCUUGGUGAUAUUAGAUGCUUAGCACUGGAAAAGGUGGCUGAAUCACUUGAGCUCCCUUGCAAAUAUGGCUCUCUUGGCUGUCCUGAGAUAUUUCCUUAUUACAGUAAGCUGAAACACGAGGCAAUGUGUAAUUUUAGACCUUACAACUGCCCGUAUGCUGGUUCAGAGUGCUCAAUUGUUGGUGAUAUUCCUUACUUGGUUGCUCAUUUGCGAGAUGAUCACAAGGUAGACAUGCAUUCAGGUUGCACUUUUAACCAUCGGUAUGUCAAAUCAAAUCCCCGAGAAGUGGAAAAUGCGACAUGGAUGUUAACGGUUUUUAAUUGUUUCGGUCAGUACUUCUGUCUCCAUUUUGAAGCCUUUCAGCUUGGCGUGGCUCCUGUAUACAUGGCAUUUCUUCGGUUUAUGGGAGAUGAGACAGAUGCUCGAAACUACAGCUACAGCCUUGAAGUUGGAGGCAAUGGAAGGAAACUUAUCUGGGAGGGUACCCCCCGGAGCAUAAGAGAUAGUCAUAGGAAAGUUAGGGAUAGCCAUGACGGGCUUAUUAUACAACGUAACAUGGCACUUUUCUUCUCUGGAGGCGACAGAAAAGAGCUUAAGCUACGUGUUACUGGAAAAAUAUGGAAGGAACAGCAGAAUCCAGAUGGAGGAGCAUGUAUACCAAACCUAUGUAGUUAAUACUGGUUGUACCUCACAACUCGUGGAUUCCAUUUUUCUUCUCCGAUUACUGGAUACUGUCGUUAGCGUUUAGCAUCGUCUUGAUGUUGAAGAUUCUUCUGUAAAACUAUGGAACUUGUGUUUAUUUAUCAAGUAGUAAUAAGCUUUUU